AUGGCAAUGAACCAGGUUGAAAGAAUAGAAGGAAUGGAGGUGGAAGAAGAGUCAACCAAUUCUGAAGAAGUGCAGGUGGAUGCUGCUGGCAGUGAAGAGGAGUCAGAUAAUGCCUUGUCCAAUGGGAACCUCACAACACCUAAAAGGGGAACGGGUAGGCCGUCCAAAAAUGGAUCAGUCUCCAAGUCCCAUAAAUCCUUGUCUAAUGGUAACCCCUCAACACCUAAGAGAGGUAGGCCUGAAGGAUCAGUUUCCAAGUUAGGUGCUAGCCCCAUAACACCUAAGAGAGGUAGGCCUAAAGGAUCCGUUUCCAAGUUAGGUGCUAGCCCCAUAACACCUAAGAGAGGUAGGCCUAAAGGAUCUGUUUCCAAGUUAGGUGCUAGCCCCAUAACUCCUAAGAGAGGUAGGCCUGAAGGAUCAGUGUUUACGAAAAUCAAGGUGAUAGGCAAGCCGCCGCGAGGCCGACCCCGAAAACCAAGAAGGCCACGUAUCUAUCCAUGCGAUGAUCCUCCAGUCACUGCGCCUAGGGAAAGAGGUCGCCCACGCAAGACUGAGGAUGCCACCAAGCCCCCCAUCUAUGAUUGUCCCCCACGGAAAAGGGGCCGUCCCCCUAGUGCAGCAAACAAAGUUAAGGGGGAGGCAGAGCAGGAUAAGGCCAACAGUGAACCUCCAGUCAAACGCUCCUUCCACUCCAAAGAAAGAAGCGAGGAAGUAGGAUUUCCACCAGUAGAAGAAAGUGAUCAGGAAGAUGAAACUGGGAGGAUGGAUGAAGAAAGUGAAAAGUGGAAGGUGGAAGAAUAUAGAGAAGACCCCAAGAAGCCAGUUACCCCCAGUGACCGCACUAGCUUUCUCUGUGCUAGCCCCAUAACACCUAAGAGAGGUAGGCCUAAAGGAUCCGUUUCCAAGUUAGGUGCUAGCCCCAUAACACCUAAGAGAGGUAGGCCUAAAGGAUCAGUUUCCAAGUUAGGUGCUAGCCCCAUAACACCUAAGAGAGGUAGGCCUAAAGGAUCCGUUUCCAAGUUAGGUGCUAGCCCCAUAACACCUAAGAGAGGUAGGCCUAAAGGAUCAGUUUCCAAGUUAGGUGCUAGCCCCAUAACACCUAAGAGAGGUAGGCCUAAAGGAUCCGUUUCCAAGUUAGGUGCUAGCCCCAUAACACCUAAGAGAGGUAGGCCUAAAGGAUCCGUUUCCAAGUUAGGUGCUAGCCCCAUAACACCUAAGAGAGGUAGGCCUAAAGGAUCCGUUUCCAAGUUAGGUGCUAGCCCCAUAACACCUAAGAGAGGUAGGCCUAAAGGAUCCGUUUUCAAGUUAGGUGCAAGCCCCAUAACACCUAAGAGAGGUAGGCCUAAAGGAUCCGUUUCCAAGUUAGGUGCUAGCCCCAUAACACCUAAGAGAGGUAGGCCUAAAGGAUCCGUUUCCAAGUUAGGUGCUAGCCCCAUAACUCCUAAGAGAGGUAGGCCUAAAGGAUCCGUUUCCAAGUUAGGUGCUAGCCCCAUAACACCUAAGAGAGGUAGGCCUAAAGGAUCCGUUUCCAAGUUAGGUGCUAGCCCCCAUAACACCUAAGAGAGGUAGGCCUAAAGGAUCAGUUUCCAAGUUAGGUGCUAGCCCCAUAACACCUAAGAGAGGUAGGCCUAAAGGAUCCGUUUCCAAGUUAGGUGCAAGCCCCAUAACACCUAAGAGAGGUAGGCCUAAAGGAUCCGUUUCCAAGUUAGGUGCUAGCCCCAUAACACCUAAGAGAGGUAGGCCUAAAGGAUCCGUUUCCAAGUUAGGUGCUAGCCCCAUAACACCUAAGAGAGGUAGGCCUAAAGGAUCAGUGUUUACGCAACCCAAGAUGAUUGGCAAGCCGCUGCGUAGGCAACACCGAAAACCAGUUGACCCCUCCCCUAAUAAGCGUGGCCGGCCCAGUAAAGUUGAAUCGAAAAGGGGUAGGCCAAAGAAGAGCCUAACACCCAAGCUGGAAGAGAAUAGAAAAAAAGUAGAAAGCCAACCAAGGCGGCCCCUCGGAAGGCCGCGUAUCCAUCUCUGCGAUGAUCCUCCAGUCACUGAGCCUAGGGGAAGAGGCAGCCCACACAAGACGGAGGAUGCCACCAAGCCCCCCGUCUAUGAUGGUCCCCCUAGUGCAGCAGACAGGGUUAAGGGGGAGGCAGAGCAGGAUAAGGCCAACGGUGAACCUCCAGAGGAAGCAGGAUUUCCACCAGUGGAAGAAAGUGAUCAGGAAGAUGAAACUGGGAGGGAGGAUGAGAUGAGGAAAUUGAAACUGGGGGAAAAUAUACAGAAGUCACCAUUAAGCCAGUUACCCCCAGUGACUGCAAUAGCUUUAUCUGGGCCAUAAACAGGAUGGCGUUUGGCAACAGCCUAGCCAGCGACAGUACCCCUUCAUAGUUCCACUAGUUUGUAGAAAUGUGUGUUCCGGUAAAGCCUGAUUGUUUUGUAUGGCCACCCUCAUCUGAUCGUGCAGUUUCCUAUUGGGGUGAUAACUCAUGAACAUACACAUAAGCAAAAUAUAAAUGCAGCAUGUAAAAAGUGUUGGUCCCGUGUUUCAUGAGCUGAAAUAAAAGAUCUCAGAAAAUGUA